UUGUCGCAUGUGGCCGUGUGGGGCAGCAUUGCGUCGUGGAUAUUGUUUUUGCUUAUCUACUGUAACCUUUGGCCGGUCUUUCCAAUUGCUCCCGAAAUGGCUGGAAUGGUACAAAGUCUUUGCCCUUGCUUUUCUUCGCUCGAUGGCGUCAUGUUUACUUCAGGUGUGUUCUGGGCAGGACUUCUGUUUAUACCGUUAGCUACCUUGCUUAUGGAUUUUGUUUAUAAAGUGUACGGUCUAUUGAAGUUUUCGCUGUAUAAGCGCUUUUCUAUAGAUGAUUCGUUUAGUAUCAGAAGAACCCUUUUCAGAACGCUUGCCGACGAAAUCAGAGAGUUGGAAUUGUCUCAUAUUGAUGCUUCCUCUGUCAUGCCGAAGUUGAUUCGCAGCAGCAGGUUUGUAUGUGAUCUGUUGCUACGAUUGAAAGCAUUCUUCCUAUUUUUGUCGCAAACUAACCAAGGUAUGCCGACUCGGCGGAAACGGCUCUGUGAAACAGCGCAGCUUCUGCGCAACGUCUUCAGGCGAACCGCUUCCGGCAUAAGCCUCGGGCAAGAAAUGCAACACGGCUUCGCAUUCUCUCAAGAAGAGCAUGGUUUUAUUUCUCAGUCAGAUAUCAUAAGGGCGUACGACUCUACAAAACCGAAGCCAGAAGGAAAAUGA